AAACAAGCACAUCACCUAGAAUCGAUGUGUCAACGGAUCUCCUCCCCUCCCUUCUCACCGGUCUGAAAAAGCGGAGUAAAACUCAAUUAGACAAUUGUCAAAUUUAGAAGUUUUCCCAUCUCAUCGUUUCUCUAUUUCCUUCAAUUUUGGAAACUCCCCUUUUUGCCUUAUAAGCUACAUUGUUGUAUCUUCCAACUUCACCGCUCUCACACCUAUGUACCAAUACAUUUUCUCAAUUAACCCGUUUCACACAAACCCCCCCUCAAAAUGUCCUCCCCACCUCCAAAGCCAAUCGUCCUCCACAUCGGCGAUCCAAUCCAAUGGAACCACAGUCUCUACUCCCAGUUUUCCACGGACUUUACCGUUAUCCGUCCCUCAACCGAAGAGCGACAACGUCCAGAAUUCAUCAAAGCCCUCAAAGAAAAAAGAUGGGGGAACUUCGCCGCGAUAUUCCGGCCCUUCUGGAAUACAGGAGGAGAAAUGGGACGUUGGGAUCGAGAGCUCAUCCCGUUGAUUCCGGAAAGUUGUAAGAUCUUUGCGAGUGCUGGGGCGGGAUACGAUUGGGCGGAUGUGGAUAUUUUGUCUGAGAGAGGUAAGUAAUAGUUAGUAAACAAGUCCAGUGUGACAGAAGGCUGAUAUUUGGUAGGAAUUAUAUAUUGUAACAGGUAGUCAUUGGAACUAUUUCUCAGACUCCUUGCUCUCUUGAACAAAUUUUCGUUCUAACAAAAUCUAUUUCCACAGCGCAGCAGCCUCCUCCGAAUCCGUAGGAGACUUCGCCCUCUUCCUAAUCCUCUCCACCUUCCGCAACCUCGCCUGGUGCACAACCGCCUCGCUCACGCCCCAAACCUUUCAAGACUGCCACACCAACUCGGCCGCCAUAUCACACAACCCACGAGGCCACGUACUCGGUAUCAUCGGACUAGGAAACAUUGGAUUCACCAUCGCACUUAAAGCCUAUCACGCCUUCCACAUGAAGAUCAUCUACUAUGAUCUCGCAAGGAAAUCGCCGACUCAAGAGCAGAAGGUGGAUGCAAAGUAUGUGGGCAGUUUGGAUGAGUUGUUGGGACAGAGUGAUUGUGUUGUUCUUGCGACGCCGGCGACGCCGGAUGGGAAGCAGGUUAUUACUGAGGAGAAGGUUAGGAAGAUGAAGAUGGGGAGUCGGUAUGUUGAGUUCUUCUGUCUUGUUUGCUCAGUCAUUUCUAUCUAUGUUCAGAAGUCUUAGCGAGAGAUAUGGGCUUAAAGUCCCAUUCUUUUUAUCGCUUCAGCAUCUCCCUCCACUCACCACCAACGUCCACACCCUACUAACCACCCAAAGAUUCAUAAACAUAGCCCGCGGCUCCCUAGUAUCCACCACAGCCCUCUACAAUGGCCUCCAAAGCGGGCGUCUAAUUGGCCUCGGUCUAGACGUCCACGAAAAUGAGCCCACCAUCGACACCCGACUCAAGAACCACAAGAACGUAACCUUAACAGCCCAUAACGCGGGUGGGACCUUGGAGACGUAUGUCAAUUCCUCAGUUCCUUCUCUUUGUGCUGUAUUGUGAUUUGGUGGUAGAGUUGGAUGAGGAUAGGGAAGGAGAGAUGGAAAGGGAGCUGACAUUUUUGGAUCCAUAGACACAUCGGCUUCGAAAGCCUCUCCAUGCAAAACAUCGACGCAGUACUCAAAGGGAAAGACGCCCUAACACCCGUUAAUAAGCAUCUUAUCACCGAUAAAGCCAACAAACACACUCCUAGUAAACACGGGGGCCAAAAACUCUAGUUCCCCACCCCUUUCCUCUUAGGAUAGUUAGGGAAAAGAAUAUGGAUAUUUGAUCACGAGAAAGAGAGAGGCAAAGGAGUAGGCGUGGGAGUAUAAGUAGAAAUCAGGUCUUCUUCUUAGAUUUGGUAUAUAUAGGAAAGAAAGAAAGAAAUAUCUCGGCUAUAGGUAUAU